ACCCUCAUCAAAUGCUGGAUGCCAGGCACAUUGAGAUCCAGCGGAUGGAAUCCACCAUGGCCUCCAUUUCCAGGUCCGCCAGCUUGUUCGAGGUCAGUGUGCCGGACUACAAGCAUCUGAGGCAGUGUAGGAGGGAGAUGCGCCAGCUGAAGGAGCUCUGGGACGUGAUUGGGAUGGUGACCUCCAGCAUCCACGCCUGGGAGGCCACCCCAUGGAGGAAUAGCAACGUGGAGGCCAUGGAGCUGGAGUGCAAAUGGUUUGCCAGGCUCAUCCGGGCCCUGGACAAGGGGGUCAGGGCCUGGGAGGCCUUCACAGGCCUGGAAACCACCGUGCUGAACACGCUGACCUCCCUGAGGGCCGUGGCCGAGCUGCAGAACCCAGCCAUCCGGGAGCGGCACUGGAGGCAGCUGAUGCAGGCCACAGGCGUGAGCUUCACCGUGGAUGAGGGCACCACCCUGGCUCACCUCCUGCAGCUCCAGCUGCACCACUUUGAGGACGAGGUCCGGGGCAUUGUGGACAAAGCUGUGAAGGAGAUGGGCAUGGAGAAGAUCUUGAAGGAGGUGCAGACCACCUGGGUGGGCAUGGAAUUCCAGUACGAGCCCCACCCACGGACCGGCAUGCCCCUGCUGCAGUCUGACGAGGACCUCAUCGAGGUUCUGGAGGACAGCCAGGUCCAACUUCAGAACCUGAUGAUGUCCAAGUACAUUGCUUUCUUCCUGGAGGAAGUGUCGGGCUGGCAGAAGAAGCUGUCCACCGCUGAUGCUGUCAUUUCCAUCUGGUUUGACGUGCAGCGCACAUGGUCUCACCUGGAAAGUAUAUUCAUUGGAUCUGAAGAUAUCCGGGCUCAGCUGCCCCAGGUACCAGCUAAGGAAAUCCUGCUCCCUCUGUUUCCUCCCCCGAGUCAAGGGACCACCCCCCAGUUCCUGCGUCCUCUAGACCUUUCCUCCUCUGCCUCCUGCCUUGGCUUCACUCCAGGGUACCUCCAACAAACGUUGACCUUACAAGCCAAAAGUCAGGAUUCUAAAAGAUUUGAAGGCAUCGACAAUGACUUUAAAGAGCUAGCUUAUGAUGCUCAGAAAACUCCAAACGUAGUGGAAGCCACCAACAAGUCAGGUCUUUAUGAGAAACUGGAAGAUAUUCAGAGCAGAUUGCACCUGUGUGAGAAGGCCCUGGCAGAGUACCUGGAUACCAAAAGGCUGGCCUUCCCUAGGUUUUACUUUCUCUCCUCUUCCGACCUGUUGGACAUCCUCUCCAAUGGCACAGCCCCGCAACAGGUUGAAGUAUUUAUUAAGUAG